AUGGCGAUUAAGACUAAGAAGUUGAAUCCAAGGUACAUUGGGCCUUUUGAGGUCUUGAGGCGAGUCGGGCCGGUGGCAUAUCAAGUAGUUUUGUCGCUGUGUUUGUCUAACUUACAUGACGUAUUCCAUAUGUCACAACUCCGUAAGUACACGUCAGAUGCGGCUUAUGUGUUAGAGCCUGAGUCGGUUGAGCUGAAGGAGAACUUGACGUUUCAAGUAACAUCGGUGCGGAUUGAUGACACUAAUGUGAAGAAGUUGCAAGGAAAGGAAGUUCUAUUGGCUAAGGUAGCUUGGAAGAGAGUAGGAGUGGAAGAGCAUACUUAG